AUGUCCACAGAAAGGGUAAUAGCGCCGCUCUGCGCCGAAGUACUUCGGCGGCCCAUCCAGAAGCUGCGAAUGAACAAGUCGUUCAUGGCCCAUGGAGGCGAUUCGCUGCUGGCAAUGAAACUGAUGGGCCGUUGCCGAGAAGAAGGGUACAGCCUCAGUAUCCACGAUAUCAUGCAGGCUACUACCCUCCAGGAGCUUUGUGCUUCGGCACAUCUUACCAAGAACGAGAGUGCCGGUGGCGGCACGGACACGCAAGGCUGUAUCGUAAAGAGGAACAUGCAAGCCCAGCCUAAUAAGAAUGCUGACACAGCAUCGACACACAGCAUCAAGCGUGACUGCUUCUAUAUUCCCCAGAUGGAACCAGGAGAUCUGGGGCACUUACAAGAACACAUCCUUCCGGGGGCAAAUAUUAGCCUUGACGAGGUGGAAGAUAUCUGUCGAUGCGCACCAAUCCAGGAGGGCAUAUUAGUCAGCCAACUCAAGACUCCAACGCAGUAUUACAGUCAGCACUUAUUUCAAAUCAAGAGUACGUCUGACCCGUCAGGCGAAAUAAAUGUCGACCGGCUCCUGCAGGCAUGGCAACACGUGGUAGACCGUCAUUCCAUGUUGAGGACUGUCUUUGUUGCUUGCCCACAGGACACAGAUGGAGGUCCUACAGCACCGUUUCUUCAAGUCGUUCUGAAGUCAGUCAACGCCCAGGUCGACCAUAAGCGCUGCGAAGACACAGAUGUUGGUUGCCAGCUUGCUUCGAGGGCGGCAGUGGAUCGAUGUUUCUUCCGAUCCCGUGUCGAGCAUUCCCUGACCUGCUAUACCACUUCGUCACGCCGCAUUUUCGCUCAGUUCACUAUCAACCAUGCUCUUGCAGACGCAUCCACAUUCCUUCUGUUGCUGAAAGAACUUGCGCAGUCGUACUACGGGAAUCUGCCUGCUAUGAAAGGAACUCCUUACAGCGUGUAUGUGUCGUACUUGCAACGAACGCAAGAAGAUCAGGCCCUCGAAUAUUGGAAACGCCGACUGUCUGGGCAAGAGCCCUGUCAUCUGCCUACGUUCCCUCUGGAUUCUUCCUAUCCGACAACCAAGGGAGGUGUUGCGACGGUGGAGAUGACCGGCGACGCCGUCACAGAUAUUCAGGAAUUCAGUCAGACCCACUGCGUCACCAUGGCGAACAUAAUCCAGACGGCGUGGGCUCUAGUUUUAUCACUCUUUACAGGCUCCCCAUCAGUCUGCUUUGGGUAUGUGUCUAGCGGUCGAGAUGUGCCCAUCACGGGAGCCCACCAGAUCGUGGGACCCAUGAUCAACAUGAUGGUUACGCGCCUCCACAUCGACCCCGGCUGCAGUGUGAAACAAGUCAUCCAAAGCGUCCAACGGGAAUUCCUGCAGGGCUUCAACCAUCAACGGAUCCCGCUAGCAAGGAUCUGGCAUGCAUUGCAGCUCAAAGGACAGGGGCUGUUCAACACCGCUCUCUCCUACCGAUCCGACCGUGGGCAAGAAGUAGACGAUGAUACGGGAUUGGACUUUGAGCACGUCUAUGGCGAAGACCGUCCCGAAUACGCUGCCAGUGUGAACGUGGUUGCGUCGCCUGGCAAGAUCCUCCUGUCGCUUCAGUAUUACCCCGACUCAAUGACCAGCGACGUGGUGAGUCUCCUGCUCAGUUGCCUCCAACGGACACUUUCGUCGCUGGUCGUUCAUCCUGACCUAGCAAUUGGUCAGGUUCGUGUGGUAUCGCCAGGCGAGCUGAAGCAGAUAUGUGACUGGAAUGACAAAGUUGACAGUCGAGCUCACCAUCGACGGUUUGGGUCAGAUGGGCCCGCGCUGGCGCCGACGUUCCCUCCACGGUUGGAGCGCUCGUAUCAUCUCCGCCCCUCUAAUCGCAUGGGUUGCAGACUGCAGGUUCCUUCCCAGCAUUCUCCUGCCCCACUCGGUCCUCUAUUGCGAACUGCAUGGGCGUUUGUGGUGUCUACAUACACCGAUGGCAAUGUGCUUUUUGGCGAGGUAGUCCCUAGAGGACCGCCUCAAGAAUCCAUUACGAUACCGCGCUUGCUUUACAUUGACAAGUCGCAACUUGUGCACGAGUGUGUGGCUGCAGCCCACUUGCCAGCCGCUGACAUGGUCUCCUUCGAGCAUGCGUGCCUGCCGCAUAUCCGGCGCUUGGCACAGAAGAUCAAGCACCUCCCGCACCAGUUCUCCAUCGCGGCCGGGAGGGAGCGUGACGACACCAGCCAGGCUAUCAAUAACAGUGCCCUGGCCAUCAGGUGCAUCGCCAGUGUGUCCAACGAUAGUAGUGAAAUUCACAUCGAGGCCCAAUUCAACGAGGAAGCCGUGUCAAGGAUCGCGGCACGGCGACUGCUCGAUCGGCUCCGGCAUAUAUUCACUCAGCUUCAUCGAAUCCAUGUCCUGGGCACAGACUCGUCCGGGACAAGGGUUGAAGAUAUAGAGAUUAUUUGUCCUGAAGAGGUCACACAGCUAGCUGUAUGGAACCAGUCGAAGAUAGCCGAGGCCAGCGCAGACCUGAUCCACGACCUGGUCUAUCGGCACGCUCUCACUCGGGCCGAUGCAGCGGCAGUAUGCUCCUGGGACGGAGACCUUUCGCAUGGGGCUUUGGAUCGUCUAGCUGAGACGUUGGCGCAUCACUUGUCCUCACUUGGAAUCGGCCCGGAGGUGAUGGUCGGCUUAUGCUUUGACAAGACCAAAUGGGCGAUUGUGUCUAUGCUGGCCAUCCUCAAGACCGGUGGUACUGUGGUCCCUAUCCUAUCUGAGAGAACGCAGCGAGGCCAGGCAAUCAUCGAAAAUGCCGGCAUCAGAAUCGUUGUCACCACUGCAAGGCCUUCCGCGCAAUUCUGCGGCGACGUGUCUCAUGUAGUUCCUGUGGAUGAAGAAUUCAUCGCCCAGCUCCCACGCCAUUCGAAUAGAGUAAUAUCCACGGUCACGCCGAGCAACGCGGCCUUCGUCUACCAUACCUCCGGUUCGACGGGACUGCCGAAGGGGGUCGUGAUCGAGCACAAGACCAUCUCCCACAGUCUGCUGACGCAAGGACGCAAGUUUGGGAUUACCUCCGACACCCGCGCGUAUCAGUUCAGCCCUUUGACCUUCGACAUGGCUCUGCAUGACAUCAUGGCCACAUUGCUGCAAGGCGGCUGUGUGUGUCUGCCCAGGGAAGAAGAGAAGUUGGUGCAUCUACGGGCUGCAAUCAACCGGAUGAGAGUCAACAAGGUGUGUCUGGCACCGCGAGUGCUCCAGCUACUUCGGCCAGAAGAGGUCCCCCUCGUGAAGACUGUGAUUGUUGGUGGUGAAGCGGUCCAAGAAGAUCAAAUUGAGCCCUGGUUGCAUUCAGCCCGCGUGUUCAAUGCUUACGGACCGACAGAGUGUGCUAUUAUGGCUACAUACAACCUCAUCACAAAUAAGUCUCAAGCCUCAAACAUUGGUCGAGCCAUGUCUGGUUCCGUGUGGGUGGUAGAUCAGUCCGACUGCAACCGCCUUCAACCGAUUGGCGCACCGGGGGAGCUCCUGGUCGGGGGACCCCUGGUCGCCCGAGGCUAUCUCCAUGCCCCUGAAAAGACAUCCGCGGCAUUUAUCAGCAACCCAGCUUGGCUCACGCAAUACAGGGCUUGCUUGGCCAAUGGUAGUCCUACAGAACAACGCCUCUAUCGGACCGGGGACCUCGUCCGUCAACUGGACGACGGCUCUCUAGGCUAUAUCGGGCGCGUGGAUAACCAAGUACAGAUCCGCGGGCAGCGAACUGAGCUUGGUGAGAUUGAAAAAUACAUCUGGAGGCAUCUGGCUGUAGCGGAUGCCGUCGUCCUCUAUCCGGGUCGGGGCCCGUGCAAGGAGCGAAUGGUGGGAAUCCUGGUCUUCCAAGAUUUCAGGGUUCCUGCGACCAGUUCGACGAGCAUCCGACCAACAGGCCUGGAGCAACAAUCCCUGGUAAUGGAAAAAGCUUACUCGGUCCGCCAGUAUCUGGCUGGGUGCAUACCGGAGUAUAUGAUCCCGAACGCCUGGAUCUCUCUUGAAUACCUCCCGCAGUCGUCCUCAUACAAGGUUGAUCGCCCGCGACUGACAGCGUGGCUGGAGGCCAUGGAUCAGGACAAUUUCGACAGGCUCACUCAAGGCUCUGUACACAAUACGCCAGAGAUGCCGACAAGUAAUCUUGAACGGCAGGUUCAUACAGUGUGCGCCCAGGUCCUCAAACUGCCGUCGCACAAAGUUACAAUGCGCCGGUCAUUCCUCAGUCUGGGCGGUGAUUCAAUCACAGCUAUGCAGCUCGUCUCUCGGUUGCAGACGCGCUGUGGGCUGACCGUGGGCGUUAGAGAAGUCCUGCAAAGCAAGUCUCUAACUGAAUUAGCGCAGAAGUCCAGCGUACUAAGUCCUGAGAUAGAGGGCCCGGCCACCACCGCUGCAUCAUUCGACCUCAGCCCCAUCCAGCAAUUGUAUUUUGGACUUUUUGCACCCAAGGGCUCAGAUGUCCGCGAUGAAAACCGCUUCAAUCAAAGUGUCUGCCUUACAGCUCAGUACGAUAUCGAUGUUGAUGGAUUGCGGCAGGCGGCUGAGGCGCUGGUCAGGAAGCAUCCCAUGCUUCGCGCGCGCUUUCAUUUGGCCCCAGAUGGAUGGAAACAGAGAGUUGAUUCCAGUGUGGCUAGUGCAUUUCAAUUCUUUACUCACGAUGUCCAGACUCCCGCGGCAGCCGAAGCAGUCAUAUUGUCGGCAGAAACGCAGUUGAACAUCGAAGAGGGCCCUGUCUUCUCGGUCAACUGGAUUCGGGUGGCAUCAAGCAACAACCAUCAGCUCUUCCUCACUGCACACCACCUGGUCAUUGAUAUCGUAUCGUGGACCAUCAUCAUCCAUGACUUGGAGGACCUGCUCCAAAACCCCACAACGGCCCUUCAACAACGUAACGCGACUUCGUACCAGAGCUGGAUCCGACUAUUACACGAGCACAGCAAAGACUAUAAACCCUUGGGCAACAAUAUAGGGAUUCAAGUGCCCAAAGUGGACUGGGAGUUCUGGGGCCUUACCCCUGAGACCAACGUCUAUGGAGGCUGCUGGAGUGAACAAAUUGCGCUUGAUGAGGAGAAUACCUCACUUCUUUUUAGUGAGGACCAGCACCUACGCACAGAGCCCGUCGAAGUCUUGCUCGCUGCCCUUUUCCACUCCUUCCGGCACGUAUUCCCUGACCGUCCAUUGCCGGCCGUUUUCAAUGAAGGACAUGGUCGGGAGCCAUGGGAUUCCAGCAUUGACGUGUCCAACACCGUGGGUUGGUUUACAAUGCUAACACCGAUUCGUCCUGGCUUUGUCCAUGACGAUCCGAUUGAGAUUCUUCGGCGGACUAAGGAUACCCGGCGAACAAAUUCGUCGGAGGCCCUCGUCUCCUCCUGGUUACAAUUCCUCCGCCCGAUUGCGGAUCGAAAUGCCGCAACCACACCAUACAGGAACGUAGAGGUGACAUUCAACUACGCUGGACGCGAUCUAGACCCAAGGCAGACCAAUAGCCUAUUCACCACCGAGCACAAUCUUCGACUCUCUGGCAUCGGCAGUGCUGUCAAACGCCUGUCGGUGGUUGGGAUUGAGGUGUCGGUAAGACACGGCAGGGUCCAAGCUGGGUUCCAUUACAAUCGGCAAAUGCGACGGGGGGAUGCCGUAAAACGCUGGGCCCAAGCCUAUCUUUUCUCCCUCAAGCAAAUGCUGCAAAGGCUCUCCACGUCUCCGCCAAUCUACACCCUAAGUGACUUCUCGAUAGCUGCGGGCAUGACGGACGAUGACCUGUCCCUCCUCCAAACUCGUCUUCUACCUCGAGCGGGAAUUGAUAGUCUGUCCCAGGUAGAAGACAUAUACCCUUCUUCGCCCGUGCAGGAGGGAAUCCUCAUUAGUAAAUCAAAGGAUCCGAGCCUAUAUAAUGUUUUACAGAUAUACAAAAUAAUCCCGCCGCCAGAUGCCGGCCCGGUGGAUGCGAACCGGCUUGGGAAGGCGUGGGAAGCAGUCAUUUGCCGACAUUCCAUCCUGCGCACCAUUUUCUUUUCAUCUAGCUCCAGCCGAAGCGCUUUUCUUCAAGUAGUUCGGAAAGAGUGGAAACCUAAAGUCCUCAGGUGCCGGUGCAGUCGUUCCACAGAUGUUGUGGCUACAUUUGCGUCUCUUGGACGGCCGCAAUAUGCAGAGGGUCAACCCAAUCAUAGGCUCUCUGUCUGCGAGACAACUUCAGAGGGAACAUAUAUUCAGCUUGAUGCGAACCAUGCUCUGAUGGACGCAUCAUCAAUAGAUCUAUUGAUUCGGGACCUCUGUAAGGCAUACCAGGGUGCUUUGCCCAUGGGAUCAGCACCAUCCUACGGCACCUACACAUCCUUUUUACAGAAAGUCCCGGCCGACACGUCGCUAGCAUACUGGACUAACCGUUUAUCUGGAGCAUCACCGUGCGACUUCCCACCAACACCACCAUCAUCAUCAUCAGGGCCAGGACCCGAAGUCGGAAAGGGGCCUUGGAGUCACGUCCAGGCGGACUUUGAUGCUGUGCGGGAAUUGCACAAGUUCCGUGAUACGUACGGAGUUACGGUAGCAAGCCUACUGCAAUUGGCCUGGGGACUCUUGCUCUCCAGACACGCUGGACUGAACGACGUCGUCUUUGGGUUUCUAACCAAUGGCAGGGACGCUCCCAUACCAGGAGUCGACGCAAUGAUCGGACCGAUGAUCAACAUGAUGGUCUCGCGUAUCAAGUUUGACAGUAAUUCAGACCUGACAAGUGCGGGUGCGGCCAAACAGGUUCAGGAAGAUUUCCUGGAGGCGCUUCAGUACCGAAGAACAUCGCUUGGCGAGAUUCACCAUGCACUCGGGUUAUCCGACAUUGGCCUUUUCAAGACGGCCUUAUCCUGCAGGGGCAAGUCCACCGACAACGACAGCCCGGCAGACGCUGCACAGCUCGCAGCUCAGCAAAUUGCCGUUGAAGAUCCCACGGAGUACGACAUAACUGUUCAUAUCCUUGAAGGCAGACAGACAUUGACUGUAUUCCUUCAAUAUGCUUUACCGGUCGUCAGCGACGGACUGGCCCACCGUCUCUUGGACGGGUUGCAGUCUGUGCUCUUGUCUAUCGUGAGAAACGCCGAUUCCCCCUUGAAGGAAUUGGACGCCCUGUCCCCAUCAGAGGUGUACAAGCUCCGAAAAUGGAAUUCAGAGAUUCCGAAGACCGUGGAGACGUUGGUCCCAGACCGGAUAUCAAAGCAGUGCUUUUCCAACCCUAGUGCCCCGGCUGUACGUUCGUGGGACGGUUGUUUGAGUUAUGAUGGCUUACAUCAAUGGGCUUUUCGCCUUGCCCACUAUCUAAGAAGCAAACUGGGUGUCCAUGAAGAGGUGAUGGUUGGUCUCUGUUUUGAUAAGUCAAUGUGGACGAUCGUCGCCAUGCUUGCAGUGCUUCAAGCUGGGGGAGUUGUAGUACCUCUGGGAACACGAACUCCUUCCCAGCGGCUUAGAUUCAUGUUGGAUCAGACAGGUGCAACAGUCAUCCUCACAACGAGGAGAUAUUCCAAGCAAUUCGAGCAGAUGGGGGUGGCUCAUGUUCUGAGCAUUGAUGCGGCAGGGCUGUCAGCACUGCCUGCGAUCAGUCAACCAUCAGAUCUUCGACCACUAGCACUCACGGCUACCAAUGCUGUUGUUGUUAUUUACACAUCAGGGUCAACUGGCCAACCUAAGGGUGUUGUUCUCACGCACGGGUCGCUAUCCACCGCCAUCGUGCACCACGGGCGUCUCUGGAACAUGGGGCCCAAUACCCGGACCCUCCAGUUCUCUGCGUAUGUAUUUGAUAUCAGCCUUCUGGAAAUCCUCGCCACCCUUUCAUCUGGUGGCUGCGUCUGUGUCGUCUCCGAGGAGGACCGGAUGGAUGGUGAACGACUGGCGGUCAUGAUGGAGUCGAUGAGCGUCAACCUGGCGGUUUUGACACCCACCGUAGCUGCCCUUCUUAAGCCUCAGAGCCUCCCCACGUUGGAUUCGCUCAUUCUUGCAGGAGAGAAGCCUUCCCCAGCUAUCCUACAGACUUGGUCACCGUACGUCAAUCUAUUCAACGGCUAUGGCCCAUCAGAAUGUACGAUAUUAUGUUCCACUACCCGCGGUUGCCUGACGGUCAAAGACGACGCCGCCAACAUAGGCUGGGCAAUUGCCGGGCCGCUAUGGGUGGCUAAUCCGACCAACAUCAACACGCUUGUCCCCCUCGGUACCGUAGGAGAGUUGCUGGUCGAGGGGCCACUUCUCGCCCGGGAGUAUCUAAACAGUCCGGAGAUGUCAUCAAAGGCCUUUAUUGUCGACCCUACCUUUAUCACGAGGCAUAGACUCGGGCCUCAGAGUGGUGCGCGGAGAUUGUAUCGCACAGGGGACUUGGUGCGACAAGAUCCCUCCGAUGGGUCUCUCACUUACAUCGGGCGGGCCGAUGAUCAAGUCAAAAUCCGCGGCCAGCGGGUGGAACUGGGAGAAAUUGAAUAUUGGGUGAAGACAAGGCUCACCGAGGUCCGUGAGGUGGCUGCAAAUAUUGUUGAUCCCGGGCAAGUGUGUCCUGGAUCUGAUAAACGUAGUAGUCCGCUUCUCGCAGUUGCGAUGGCCAUUCCCAAGCAGCUAAUUGCUUCACCAAGAGUGUCCCAGGAUUUGGAGACAUCGGCAGUAUCGUUGCUGCCGCUCUCGGACAAGCUGCGCGAGUACUUCAUCCAACUCCGGACAUCGCUACUGGACGUCUUGCCUCACCACAUGGUGCCCCAGCUGUAUCUCCCCUUUGCACAGUUGCCUUUGACAGACUCUGGGAAGCUGAAUAGAAGGGCGACAUGGGAAGCCGUCCAACGGUCAUCCUCAUUGUUGUCUCAGUAUCUCCUCCUCAGGAAUGGAACCAAGCUCCCACCAUCUACCCCGGCACAACUCCGACUUCGAGCCCUCUGGGCGGAGGUCUUGAGCAUCCCUCCGGAGCAGUUGGAUGUCACUGACGACUUCUUCCGUGUGGGGGGGAAUUCCAUCUCCGCUAUGCGCUUGGUGACUCAAGCCCGCGCAGAAGGAGGCCAUUUCUCCUCUAUCACUGUUGGUGAUAUCUUCCGGUUCCCGAUCCUGUCAGACAUGGCAGCCUCCGUGGACAAUAAGCAUACAAUCAAAGAUUCUUUGCCAUCAACAAUAUAUACUCCGUUCUCCGCCAUGAAUCUCAAGGAAUCAGAGUCUGCGGACUCCCUGCGGCAGCGAUUGAGCAUCCUGGUGUCCGUUCCGGGGUCGAUGGUCAUUGAUGCUGCUCCUGUCACGUAUGCGCAGGCGUUAGUCGUUAUAGGGGUCUUGCGUAAGACUCGGGACUAUCUGGCAUAUAUCAGUCUCGAUGCCGAUGGGAUGCCCGACAUUACGCGAUGGAGGAGAAGCUGCCUGGAGUUGAUUCAACGCCACGAAAUACUGCGAACUGCAUAUAUCGUCAGUCAGGGGCAGCUGGCGCAGGUAGUUCUGAAGGAAUAUCAGCCUAGGGUUUCUGUGUUCAAAACCAGCUCAGGGCAAACCGUCGAGGCCUUUGCGAGAGACCUGAUCGCACAAGACAUGGGUCACCCCCCACGACUGGGCCGACCAUUUACCGAGUUCGCAGUGCUGAUUGACGAAAAAAGGUUGCAACAUCGCGUUGUCUUUCGCACCAGUCAUGCCGAGUACGACCAGAUUUCUCUGUCAUAUUUCAUGGACGAUCUCCGUGCGAUUUACAACCACGAGCCAGUUCCGGAGUCUCUGCCUUUCCCGCGGUACAUGUAUGGCCUCCAGCAGCAGAGCAGGAAGGAGAGCGCUGAAUACUGGCGCUCCCUCCUGCAAGGCGCGCAGAUGCCCACAAUUGCUGAUGAGUCACCGUCGAAAGAAAAGCGGCAAAACCCUGCCAGGCUGACUCACUGCCCCCAAAGGAGAGUCAGAGCCAAACAGUCGCCCCCUGGCGGCAUCACCACCUCCGUCAUCGUCCAUGCCGCGUGGGCACUCACCCUGGCUAAACACUUCAACACCCAUGACGUUCUCUACGGCGGCGUCGUCUCAGGCCGCAAUAUAAGCUAUCCCGGAGCCGUCAGAGCCGCUGGGUGCUGUAUCAACAUCGUCCCCGUCCGGGUUAUACUGGACCCGAGCUGUACAAUUCUGAAUCUGUUCUAUAGUCUCCGAGAACAGCUGCUAACGCGGAUCCCGCAUGAAACGCUUGCGUCCCGCGACAUCCUCGCGACCGCCACCUGUCCGGGCCUGCCAUCAUCCACAUACUUCACCUCGCGUCUAAACCACCUAGAGACCGGAUUCAAGUGGACGAUGAACAUGGGCGGUCUCAAGUAUUGCGGGUCGAUAUUCCUGCCUGAUGGAGCCGAGGACCAUACGAAUAUCUCGAUCUCCUCGAUCCAGCAGGCGGAUGGUGGUGUCGAAAUUGGGUUCGGUUACGCUACGGGGGUGGUGUCACGGCCGCUGGCUGAAACCUUGCUGGAUAGCCUCUGCGAGAUACUUGAGUAUCUGCUGAAUGGGUCCCAUGACAAAACGUUGGACUCUGUUCUUCCUGCCCUGGCGGAUAAUGAUGAUAGAGUCAAUAGCCGGGCGGGCGAAAAUCCUGAGUAUAAACUGGCAACUGCACCAGAAGGCGCGCCCGCAUCCGCUGACAAGGAUUUCGAUUUCUUUGCCGUCGGCUGCACAGCGCUUUCCCUGAAACAACAAGGCUAUGAUGUUACGGUUGAUGAUCUCUUGGAUUGCCGUUCGGACUUCCCGGUUGAACUGCCACUGGCAACGAAAAAUUAA